UGCUAUUCCCCUCUCCGGUAUCCAUGAUCGGCUUUCCCUAUUUCCAUCUCUUCGAAUGCCUCUUCGGAUGGUCGCAACUUUUCAAAAUACAAGGGUGUCUUGAACCACUCUUUCUCCACGCAACCUCCAUAUCUUUAUAGGUUUCGUACGCGUGAAUCUUUCUGUGUUUCUCCCCGUUCCUCCGGUCUCUUUCCCGUCUCGUAGGCUAGGAUUGAAGAGUUUGAGGGGGUGAGAUGGGAGGAGGAGUUAUGAGAACCGCUGCGAAGGCGGUCGUAGUCGGCGGCUACCGAACGGCCGUGGACGCGGCGGCGGCGGCCCGGAGGGCUUCCAGCCCGUCCACCGCCACCGUCGCCGCCACGGCGCCGGCGGCCGAGGGGGCGUCAUUGGUUUCCAUCCUUUCGCUCGAGAACGAUCGGACUGGUGUGCCGGUAGUCCCCGGGAUCCAGCUCCCGGCGUGGGGGAUCGACGAUUGGGUCUUCGCUGGGGAGGAGGAGGAUCUCCUCGAUUCGCUGCAUCCGGCGCCCAGGCUCGUGUUUGGGCCUGUCCCGACCCUGGAGGAGGCCAAGGCGGCGACCGCGGAACUAAAAGAUGCCGUCGAGAAGGUAUACUUCUCUUCUAGCACCACUUGUGAUUCCACAGUGGGUGGUCUGGGAGCCAGCCUACAAAGUCCUGUGUGCUUGGAGGGGUCAGAAACCAAAGGUUGCACCAUGAGCAAAAAUUCAACACUUUUCUCAACGCCUAAUCAUGUCAUUCAGAUGUUUUCCUUGCUACAAGGGAACCCUGAAGCUCAGAAUGUUGUUGCGUCAAUUGCCUCUGAUGAAAAUGUCUGGAAUGCUGUGAUGAACAAUCCUAAAGUUAAAGAGUUCUACAAGACUCAACAGUCCGUGGUUUCUGCUGCAGUAGUUCUCCCUUCUGAAACAGUUGUAGAGUCAAGCGAAUCUCCAGAAAGCUCUGAAGCUCAUCCUUCACGGGACUCCUAUCAAAGCUCAAGGACUAGGUUCAUGGAUUUUAUGCAGAACUUCAAAUUGAAGGUGUCAAAGAUGGUUGCCAAUCUGUCCGAUUUUCUUCAAAAUUACAUGGGCACUUCAACUGGGAGUCAUUGCAACUCUUCUGCAGAUGUGGUUCAAAAAUCAUUUGUUGCAUUGGCAAUCGCAACGAUUUUGGUGAUUCUGCUUAAGAGAGGAUAAAUCAAAACAACACUGUUGGAAAUAUCACCAGUUUCUUUUUUAUAGAAAAAAAGAGGAGGGGUGGGGGGUGGGGAGCUUCUAGCUGCUAGAAGAGUAGGUACAUGGAAGAUUUUGUAUGGUUGACAUAGUUUUGGGUCCUAUAUGUGCUUAAUAUUGCUAAGGUUGGAUGCUUUUGGUGCUUUAUGAUUGAAAGGUGGUCCUUAUAAGGUAACAUUUGUAUAUAUCACCCACCUUAAGUAUGUGGGAUACUCCUUUGAUAGUGAAAGUUCUGUUUGUGGUUAUGGCAUUUGUGUUCCGAUGAGCAUUAUCACCUGAAA